UUUGCCGACGUUGUUUUUGUGUGAAUGUGUUUUAAUUUAUCUGCGAGUUGAAGAGGCGGAUGCGGUCCUGCGGUGGGCCGCCUGGCCGCCUCAGCGACGCCUUUUAAUGCGAGUUGUUUAA